AUGUCGGGACGAGCGCUAAAGCUCCUGGCCGUGCUCUAUGCCAGCCCCAAGACCCAGUUACAUUUGACUCAUGUUCAGAUCCACUCCAAGGUGCAGUACCCACCUCCUCCGGCGCUAUGCCAGUCUGAGGUCUGGUUGUCUCCGCGCAGGCUUGAGGUUGGCUCACGUCCUGUUCAAGGAGCACACCAGUCUGCGACUGGAACCGCUCCACCCUUCUGUGCCUACGAGAUAUUUGGAGGAUGUGAAUCCCAGUUAGUGACUCACAGCCAGGACCACAGGUGCGGCAUCCAGACACAAAGCCCACACGCUACCACCUCAACCGUCUGGACCAGCGGACCGUCCUGGGACAAGAGGGACAACACCUCUGGAGAUGCAGUACAUCUGAUGGGCGUCAGGAGAGUCCGGAGGCUAUACUGUAACGUGGGCAUCGGCUUCCACCUCCAACUUUUACCAAACGGAAAGAUCUCAGGUGUGCAUGAAGACAACAGUUACACCCUUCUUGAAAUGUGGUCGUCGGAGAGAGGAGUGCUGACUCUGUUUGGGGUGAGAAGCGGCCUCUUUGUUGCCAUGACAGAGAACGGAAAACUCUACGGCUCGGGUCACUGCAGUGACGAGUGUAAGUUCAAGGAGAUCCUGCUGUCCAACAACUAUAACGCGUAUGAAUCGGCAUCACACCCUGGCAUGUUCAUUGGCCUCAGCAGGACUGGUAAAACCAAGCGAGGCAACCAGGUCACAAGCACCAUGGCCAUGACACACUUCCUCCCUCGGAUAUGA